AUGGCCCAUAAGAUCAGAAACAACAUCUUCUGGAUCCAGAUCACCGCAUGUCCUGUCAUGGGCAAGAGUCGGAACCACAAACAUCAGAAAAAGGCAACUGUGGGACAAAAGGCCAUGUUUAUCAAAGUUGGCCUCCCAGAACAAAUCUCUAAUUCAUGUGGGUUAAUGUUUGACCCAGUCAUGCCCAGGGAAAAGUUCGUGUCAGAGAGGAAAGUCCCUGGUGAUGGGCCUGGGGCCCUGUUGUUGGUCUUCAUGCUGGGUCCGGGUCUGACCCCACCAGCCCUGACUCAGGAUGACUCCAGGUACAAACGCUUCCUGACCCAGCACUAUGAUGCCAAACCAAGGGGCCGGAAUGCCAGAUACUGUGAAAGCAUGAUGGAGAGACGAGGCCUGACCACACCCUGCAAAGACAUCAACACCUUUAUUCAUGGCAACAAGGGCAGCAUCAAGGCUAUCUGUGGAAAUAAGAAUGGAAAUCCUUAAGCUUUAAGACUAAGCAAGUCUCCUUUCCAGGUCACCACCUGCAGGCAUGUAGGAGGGUCCCCUCGGCCUCCUUGCCGGUACAGAGCUACCCCAGGGUUCAGACACGUUGUUGUUGCCUGUGAACACGGCUUGCCUGUCCACUUUGAUGAGUCCUUUUUCCGUCCAUAA